AAGGAACAUAUCUGUCGGAAUCAUUCAAGUCUUUCAAGUGCCCAUUGUUUAAAUAUAUAAGAAAAUAUUCUUCCACCGAUUUGAAGAGGCUAGAUAUCGUCGCUUGGAUGAAAGGUUAAUUACAGCAAUGGUGCACCUCCUUGCGCGAUCCUACAAACCUGAAAACCUGGAUCUAUCUAUAAGUUAUAUUCAACUAAAUUAGUGAUUUAAGAAAGAAAGAAAGAAAGAAAGGAAAAAGAAAGAAAGAUGAAAAACCUUUUCACGACCUUGCUUCUUCUCUCUCUACACCCGGUUGCAGAAAGCAAAGUACAGAUUCCCACGACUGAACUAAUAGAAUGGGGAGGAAGCAACAAUGAAGAGAGCCUCACUGCUGCUGUGGCCAGCCCCCGGAUUGUAAACCCUCUGCGUCUGUUCGCCAGGGAAUCAACCGGGCUCCGGCAGGACAUCAGGGAGAUGACAUACUUAGAAAACACGGAGGAACUCUGGGACUGGUUAUCUAAUAAGACAGAUGUUCAGGAGACGCGUGCGAGAACUAAACGCAGGCCCAUAGUGAAGACGGGGAAAUUCAAAAAAAUGUUCGGGUGGGGUGAUUUCCACUCCAACAUCAAGACGGUGAAACUGAACCUUCUCAUCACCGGCAAGAUCGUGGACCAUGGGAACGGCACCUUCAGCGUCUACUUCCGGCACAACUCCACCGGCAAGGGGAACGUCUCUGUGAGCUUGGUGCCGCCCUCAAAGGUAGUAGAAUUUGAGACCGCCCAACAGUCCACGCUGGAGACCAAAGAUGCCAAGGCGUUCAACUGUCGCAUCGAGUACGAGAUGUCAGAUCGGGCCAAGAAGACCACACUGUGCAGCUUUGAUCCGCCCAGGGUGUGUUACCAGGAACAAACUCAGAGUCAUGUUUCCUGGUUGUGCUCCAAACCGUUCAAAGUCAUAUGCAUCUAUAUCGCAUUCCACAGUGUUGACUACAAACUUGUGCAGAAGGUCUGCCCUGACUACAAUUACCAUAGUGACACACCCUACUUCUCCACUGCAUGACCCUCGAUCUGCAUGUUUCUGGGUCUGCCGCAGUUGUACACACCCAAUGAGACAUUAGUUGGCUCCCUCUAUGACCCUCAUCGACAAAAUGUGUUCUCAUGACACCUUCCUAUUAGCUUUUACAUUUAUUUUUUCCCCAGAUGUUGAAUAUCAAAAUAGGCCAUGGGCAUAUCACUGAUUAAUUCAUGCAUUUUCCCACUAGACUAAUAAAACAAUGUUAACGCGAUAAUGCAACUUUAUACCAUAAGUAAUUCAAGGGGGAAUCUAAAUGUACCAUAUA